AUGGAUUUGAGCAUUCAUGUCCAAGCGAGUGGCAUGACCGCAGCUUUCGCUUUGUGUCUUGAUGUACUUCCUCACCAGAUCACUGCCAUGGCACAUGUCACCUCGAUCUUGCAGAUGUGCAUCUCCUAUAUGGAAUCACGGCCAGCGCAGGUCGAAGCUCAGAAGGAGUUGAAGGCACACAUGGAUCGAGUGAGUUUCAUUCAGAAGAAAAUCCUCCGGAAGAAGCGAAACUCCGUUGUUUCACAGGGACGAGCUGUGCGACCGCUCCCGGCCAUCCUCGGAAGCGAGAAUGAGAACGGAUCGGAACGAGAGGCCGAUGGGAGCCAAGACUCAUUUUCCAAGGAGCAGAGACAGAUGGGAGAGGAGACGCCUGCAGGUGAACAUUCAGAUGACGAUCAGACAAGACCAAUCAUACGGACUGGCAAGAAAUCACAGGCAGCGCUCUUGGGAGACAGUGAGGCCGUUUCUGGUGCGAACCGGCCGCAUUUUGAUGAACCCGAACUCUUUAAUGGUGAACCAACUCCAGGACGAGAUUCUCAGGAGCCUUUAGCCUCUUCAAAGUCUUUCGACGGAGGCCAUCUCCCCCCUAUUCCUGGAGAGGUUCGUCCUCCACCUGAGGUUGCCCCACAGCUUCCGCAGGCAGAGGAAGGUGAAUCUUCACCAAGCGGAUCUGUGAAGCUGAGAGCGGGGAAAUGUAAUACCGCCCCAGCAAAGAUGACUGCAGAAGUAGAGGUGGCAGAGCAAGCCAAAAAGGUGAAGAAAAAGAAAGCUCGGACCACUUUUGCUUGGUUACAGACCUUGGUCCCAUCCCAGAUGGCAGUCUGGCGAGGAUCCUCAUCCAAGGAAGUCUGCGGAGCAGUGCAAGCUGCGACGGCAUCAUCAGAGCUGGGUCCAAUAGGCAACUUUUCUCCGGUGCCUUCCAGAUGA